AUGUGGUCUUGUUUUCACAAGUGCCCUUGCAUUCGCUUCCGUGGCGAUUCACAUACGCCACUUGACCAAUUCUACGAGGACGAAGAUAACUUGGAAUUCGAGCACCUGUUAGCCAAUCAGGAUAGCACCUCUCUCUCUGCUCUCUUGACGCGCAACCCGUUUCCCCGGGUCACAAACACCCCAAGUUAUUUCAGUCCGCGUAUGAUACUGCCUAACGAGGAAGCUACAGCUUCUGCCAACCGUUUGUUAUUGGAAGACGACGAAAAUUUACAGGACGCACAAUUUUUGCCUGAUGAACAGAUUAGCAAAUUUACGGAGCUGAUAAGUGAACAGGGCAAAUACGAUGAGUAUAAUGAGGUCACCGAUGAUCAACUGGUGGCGGAAGAAGAGGAGGCUCGACGUCAAGAGGAAGAGGAUAUCCAGCGAAAGCGCCAGGCUGCCACACAGGUUGCUCUUGCGAAAGGCCUGAUUUCAUCAUCAGAUCAACCGAUCACCAAUAAGAAUGCAUUUUUUUCCAUUGGUGAUGAAGAAAGUGACUUUCCCAAUGAUGGAUCAACAUCCAUAGAGUUCUCAAGCAAAAAAAUCAUAGCGACCAGUGACUCUGAGUCACAAAUUUCAUCCCUCAAUAAGCCCAGAAACCCACACGAACGAGUUCUUGCCAAAGAUGUGAAUCUCGAUGAUUAUGACGACGUAAACGAUUUCGAAAACAUCAUACUACGGUCCGAUGAUUAUGAAGAAUAUUAUAGUCCAACUAUAGGUGACGCAGGUGACGAGGAAACCAUUAACCCAUUUGCAAAUAUUUUACCUGACUUUUCGGAGAAAUUGGGUAGAUUCUUUGGUAGUUUGGCCAAUUCCACGAAAGAAAAAAAUAAAUCAAGAGAGGAUGAUGAUGAUAAUAUUAACCUUAAUGAUGAUAAUUUGGGUGUGAGCAAAGAUAAAAACCACCACAUUAAGAACUUGUUCCCAUUUGUGACUGAACCGGAAGAGUGUCGAGUAGGGUCAUCUUCAUCUGAUGUAAAUAGAAAUAUUAAUGGUACGAAUAUUCGUAUAGGAUCACUGAAAUUAGCCAAUAGGUUGACAGGCUCACCUUUUGAAAGAUCCCCUACCAACGAUUCCAGAAGCUAG